AUGAUGCCACCUCCGUUGGCAGCGGGUGCUAUUCUACCACCGCCACCACCACCUGCAAUGUUGCCACGUGCGCCACCAGCAUCAUUCGCUACACCCUAUCCGCCCAUAUUCUAUUGGCCUUACCCAUCACCGCCAGUCAGCCCGACCAACUAUUACAAUCCAGCCACUGUGCCUGGAAUCGCGCCCAUGCCACAGCAGGCAGCCCUCCUAACACCAGCCGAGUGCUUGCAAUUGGCACCACCGGAACCUCGACUGGAUGCCUUGAUUCCUCGACUAGAUAUCGACAAACGCCUCCACCCAUCGUUACAGGCGCAUUGCAACCAAUGCGUCGAUCUUUUCAUGAUUGAAACGAAAAACCAAAGGGUCGACGCGGUCGUGGUCUGCUCGCCGACCUACACCCACGAGGGGAUCGUGACACGCGCCCUGGAGGCGAAAAAAGCCGUAUUCUGCGAAAAACCGAUCGCCGAGAAUCCAGAGGACACGGCCAAGUGCUACGAAGCGGCGGAUAAGUUCGGCAAGCCCCUGUUCUGCGCCUUCAAUCGGCGCUUCGAUCCCAGCUACUCCAACGUCCGGCAACGAUUGCGCAGUGGCGAAAUCGGCCACGUCCACACCAUCAAACUGGUCGCCCGCGACUCACCCCUGCCGAGCAUCGACUACCUCAAGAUAUCCGGCGGCAUCUUCCACGACUGCAUGGUCCACGACAUUGACCUCAUGACCUACACGAUCGGCGAGUACCCGACCAAGGUCGCUGUCUACGCAACGGCCCACAUCCCGGAGAUCAGGAGCAUCAAGGACUGGGACACGGUGGUCGCGAUCUUCAAGUUCCCCUCGGGCACGGUGGGCACGGUCGACCUGUCGCGCAACUCCUGCUACGGCUACGACCAGCGGCUCGAGGUGUUUGGUCCUCGUGGCAUGAUCGACGCGACCAACGAGCAGCCCCUCCACUGCGUGACCACCCAGAUCGGCCUUGCCGGUCAGCGCCGGCCGCCGAUCUACUACUCGUUCGCCAGCCGAUUCAAGUUGGCCUACCACUACGAGAUGGAGGCGUUCAUAGACGUCGUGCUCGGCAAGGCCAAGCCGCUCGUCCACCCGAAGGAGAUACUCGCGGUGAGCAAGAUCGCCAGCGCUUGCGAGGAAUCGGCCAAGACCGGCAAGUCCGUCGAUAUAUCCUGGACUCCCUCGGAGCUGCCGCCCCCUACCAACUGAGCUCGGCUUCGCUUUUUUAGAAGAUACGAAUAAAAAGCUUUUUUUCCCGUCA